CAAUCUUGAAAGUUCUUUCUACAUGGGUAUUUUAGUACACUUAAAUACUCCUCCCUUGCAAAGCUAUAGGUUGCGCUAAAACCUGCCAUUCAUAACCUUGGCUAUGAAUGAUGAAUUUCUACCUGCACCAGGACCCUCUGUUAUGCCAACCUCGGGCCUCAUAUCUCCCCAUUGAGUCUCGUGUAUGCAAUUCUCUCCCCUCUCGUUCCUUGCGUACACGGUUUCGAGUCGGCAUUGUCUAUGCUACCUAUUUCCGCAAUUAACGACGAUCCCUCGUUCGCAGAACAUUGGUCAACUGUCAAAGUCGAAUAUCCGGUGCGCUGUUUCGGAGGUGUCUUUGCAUGGCCACCAAAAGUCAUAUGCGAUAAUCUCAGCCGUUAGUAAUAAAUCAGUGGUUCCUUUUGACUCCGCGGGGUCCAGCCGAGGACCAAGCCAUGGCAGCCAUUAUCUCAUCGGUCCCCCGCCUGCAAUCCCCCACUCUAACUCAGGAUUGGGACGUGGACGGAAUAUCGACUCUCUCUCGUCGUGAUUUGACGUUGCCUGGCAACAAUAAUGGACAUAUUCCAAAGAUUUGUGAGAAGUAUCCAACAACUCUACAAGAUAUCAUAGACCUCACCAAUCAUAUCCUGCGAUACAGGACAUCGCCACUGAAUCACAAUCAAGACCAGAAUCUGGAUGACGGAUGUCAAAAUAUCCGUUCUAGCUUCAGCAAAGGCCUUCUCAGUAGCACGGUUCGCAUAUACGAGAGAAAGAGCGUAGAGUCUCCUCCUCUCCGCCAGGCAGCUAACGCUCAUGCUGGCGUUUUCAGACAUGAUGACAACCCGCCAAGAGAGCUGAGAAAAUAUACUGGAAAAUAUGAGGCGCCCGGGACGUAUGCCGACAACGUCCACAGAAAGUCGAAUGAACAGAUCCGACCAGCUCUGCGUUCACGCCGUCAUCAUCGGUCCUCAGACACACUCCCGCUUUACAAAUCGGUUCGCUUCGACUCAGUCCUGGAGAAUAUUAUCUAUUUUCAUGAGAUGGACCGUCCCUUCGAUGUGAGGAAAGAUACAUCACCUGCCACAGAUUGUGACGAAACCGAUUUGUUCCCACCUCCAUAUAAGAGUCUCAAAAAAAGGACAUCGUUUUACGAAUGGGAGUUAUUUACCCCUAACUUCCCUCAUCAUACUACCGCUCAUGAAACCAUGCCCGUCAGGCUUGAGAGGGUAUCUCUUUGCAAUAAUCAAAUGGCUAUACUAGGUUCCGUUAUAGUGGCCAACUUGGCAUUCGAAAAGUCAGUCGUCUGCCGUUUUACAUUCGAUUUCUGGAAAACUAUUUCGGAAACUACAGCCAAAUACGAUUAUAAAACUAAUCCUGGCGAAAUACCCGGAUAUGAUCGAUUUGUUUUCUCUAUAAUUCUGGCUGAUACUAUUAACUUUGAGGCACAGCCUUUAUUCCUUUGUACACGCUAUGAUGUUAACGGACAAGAAUACUGGGAUAAUAAUUCCGGUAUCAACUUUCAAGUUGAUGUUAUAAAGAGAUAUCUCUGCUGGGGUAAUAAAGGGUAGCUAUAAUCAGCUUUUGCGUGUGCAGUCAACCAGGGUUCCGAAGACAGGGUGGAAAAAAGAAAAGGCUAAAAUAUUAACACGCUUUUAUUCGCACCGGCGAUUUAACUUUAGGCAGCCGCUUGCACCAAGUUUCAAGGCAUUGUAGGUCCCACUAAGGGACAAAGAGCGAUAGUGUCUAAAUAAUUAGAAUCUUGUGCCAUAGCUGUUAUUAUGUUAUGGAGACAAUUUGUGUAGCUUAUAAAGGGAACUCGCGAAAUCUCAGC